AUGGAAAAUAGUACCACUACCAUUUCUCGGGAGGAGCUGGAGGAACUACAAGAAGCAUUUAAUAAAAUCGAUAUUGACAACAGUGGGUAUGUCAGUGACUAUGAACUUCAGGACCUGUUUAAGGAAGCAAGCCUUCCUCUGCCUGGUUACAAAGUCCGAGAGAUCGUGGAGAAAAUUCUAGCAGUUGCUGACAACAACAAAGAUGGCAAAAUCAGUUUUGAAGAAUUUGUCUCCCUAAUGCAAGAGUUAAAAAGCAAAGACAUCAGCAAAACAUUCCGGAAAAUAAUUAACAAGAGGGAGGGAAUUACUGCUAUUGGAGGAACUUCAUCCAUUUCCAGUGAGGGCACACAGCAUUCCUAUUCAGAGGAAGAAAAAGUGGCUUUUGUUAACUGGAUAAACAAGGCCCUGGAGGAUGACCCUGACUGUAAGCAUCUCAUACCCAUGAAUCCCAGUGACGGAAGUCUUUUCAAAUCACUUGCAGAUGGCAUCCUACUUUGCAAAAUGAUCAACUUAUCUGAACCAGAUACAAUUGAUGAAAGAGCCAUUAAUAAGAAAAAGCUGACCCCUUUCACUGUUUCUGAAAAUUUGAACCUAGCCCUGAAUUCUGCCUCAGCCAUUGGAUGUACAGUGGUUAAUAUUGGUGCACAGGAUCUCAAAGAAGGAAAACCUCACUUGGUCUUGGGACUUCUCUGGCAGAUCAUCAAAGUUGGUCUUUUUGCUGAUAUUGAGAUUUCCAGGAAUGAAGCUCUGAUUGCAUUGUUAAAUGAAGGUGAGGAACUAGAAGAGCUGAUGAAGCUUUCUCCAGAGGAGUUAUUGUUGCGAUGGGUGAACUACCAUUUGACCAAUGCAGGAUGGCAUACCAUCAACAACUUUAGCCAAGACAUUAAGGAUUCAAGAGCCUAUUUUCAUCUGCUUGAUCAGAUUGCACCUAAAGGUGACAGGGAUGAUGGACCUGCCAUUGCCAUUGAUCUUUCAGGAUUUAAUGAGAAAAAUGACCUGAAGCGUGCUGGAUUCAUGCUUCAAGAAGCAGAUAAACUGGGCUGCAGACAGUUUGUUACUCCUGCAGAUGUGGUUUCAGGCAAUCCUAAACUUAAUUUAGCUUUUGUAGCUAAUCUAUUUAAUACAUACCCAUGCCUACACAAGCCUGAAAAUAAUGACAUCGAUAUGAAUUUAUUGGAAGGAGAGAGCAAGGAAGAAAGGACAUUUCGAAACUGGAUGAAUUCCUUGGGGGUAAACCCUUACAUUAAUCAUUUGUACAGUGAUCUUGCAGAUGCUCUAGUGAUCUUCCAGCUCUAUGAAAUGACCCGUGUGCCAGUCAACUGGAGCCGUGUCAACAAGCCUCCAUACCCUGCCCUUGGAGGGAACAUGAAGAAGAUUGAAAAUUGUAACUAUGCAGUGGAACUUGGGAAGAAUAAGGCCAAAUUCUCCUUGGUUGGUAUUGCUGGACAGGACCUAAAUGAAGGGAAUUCAACACUGACACUGGCAUUGGUAUGGCAGUUAAUGAGAAGGUACACAUUGAAUGUGUUAUCAGAUCUUGGAGAAGGUGAAAAAGUCAAUGAUGAAAUUAUAAUUAAAUGGGUCAAUCAGACUCUUAAAAAUGCAAACAAAAAUACUUCUAUUUCCAGUUUCAAGGACAAAUCUAUUAGCACUAGUUUACCUGUUCUAGAUUUAAUAGAUGCCAUUGCACCAAAUGCAGUUCGUCAAGAAAUGAUAAAGAGAGAAGACUUCUCUGAUGAGGACAAGCUGAACAAUGCUAAAUAUGCCAUUUCAGUUGCUCGAAAGAUUGGUGCCAGAAUAUAUGCCUUACCUGACGACCUUGUAGAAGUGAAACCAAAGAUGGUCAUGACAGUGUUUGCAUGCUUAAUGGGAAAAGGACUAAACAGAAUAAAAUAA